UGUUUUAUAUAGGUGAUAAACAUUUUAAUAAAGAUGUUAAUAUUCUUGUUCACAAUAAUUUAGAUGGAAUGUAAUGUGCCUCCUUUAUAAUUAAUAGAAUAUUGAAGAAAUCACAUAUUUUUAGAAUUACACUCAAUUUAUCAGAAUAAAAAUAUGGGUGUGGUUUGAAAAGCCAUCAAAUCAAAAUUAUAUGAGAUGGAUUUAGAUUUAAAUCAAAUCAAAGACAGAAUCUAUGAAAAAAUAUAAUAGACAAUAUGAAUUUGGACUAGGAUUUUAUAGGAUCAAUCAAUAGAAAGAUCAUUCUUAAUUUACUACUCUCAGUUAAAUAUAAUUAAAUAGAUAUUUUAUUGUAGGAAUGAAUGGUAGUGCUUUAUGGAAGAAGGAUGAUAAGUUAUUAGACAGUAAUUAUUGAAAAAGAGCCUUGUAAGAUCUAUUACCAGCAACAUUGAUCCUAGGUUAGGUACAUGGCUUAAUUCUGAGAUUGAGUUAAGUAAGGUGUUCUAGUUGU